AUGGGUGCCGUCGUCUCAUGCUUCACGUCCAUCUGCCGAACCAUCGGUUCUAUCCUGAUGGCCAUCGUCAACGGAAUCGGCGCUAUCCUCACUGCCAUUAUCAGCGGCAUUGUCUCCCUCUUUGACAUCAUCAUCUCCUGCCUGACCUGCGGCCGCCACACUCGGAGCCGGCGUACCCAUACAACGAGUACAGUCUAG